AUGGCUGAAGUUACCCAACAAUUCAACAACUUGAAUAUUGAUGAAAAUGGUGGUUACGUCCCACCUCAUUUAAGAAAUGGUUCAAGACCGAGAAGAAACAACAACAAUAAUAAUAACACCGGCAGCAAUGAAGGUGGCUUUUUUGGCUUCAACAGAAGCAGAGGUGGUUUCAACAACAGAGGAAAAUAUAAUAACUACAAUAAUAACAAUGGAGGUUACCGUCAACAAAGAAGUAAUUUUGAUGGUAGAUGGGUCGAUGGUAAACAUGUCCCAGGUGCUAGAAACGAAAGAGUCGAGUUACAAUUAUUCGGUACACCUGAAGAUCCAAGUUUCCAAUCCUCUGGUAUCAAUUUCGAUAAUUAUGAUGAUAUUCCAAUCGAUGCAUCUGGUACUGACGUCCCAGAAGCUAUCACAGAAUUCACUGCUCCAACUUUAGAAGGUUUAUUACUAGAAAACAUUAAAUUAGCUCGUUUCACUAAACCAACUCCAGUACAAAAAUACUCCGUUCCAAUCGUUGCCAACGGUAGAGAUUUAAUGGCUUGUGCCCAAACUGGUUCUGGUAAGACUGGUGGUUUCUUGUUCCCUGUUCUUUCUGAAUCUUUCAAGAAUGGUCCAACACCACUUCCUGAAAAUUCUGGUAGUCACUACCAAAGAAAAGCAUACCCAACAGCUGUUAUCAUGGCGCCAACAAGAGAAUUAGUCUCUCAAAUCUUUGAUGAAGCAAAGAAAUUCACUUAUAGAUCCUGGGUUAAGCCUUGUGUCGUUUACGGUGGUGCUCCAAUUGCUAAUCAAAUGCGUGAAAUGGAUCGCGGUUGUGAUCUUUUAGUCGCCACCCCAGGUCGUUUAAGUGACUUAUUAGAACGUGGUAAAAUUUCUCUAGCUAACGUCAAGUACUUAGUCUUGGAUGAAGCCGAUAGAAUGUUAGAUAUGGGUUUCGAACCACAAAUUAGACAUAUUGUUGAAGGUUGUGACAUGACCCCAGUAGGGGAAAGACAAACUCUUAUGUUCUCCGCCACUUUCCCAGCAGAUAUUCAACAUUUAGCUCGUGAUUUCUUAUCAGACUACAUCUUCUUAUCUGUCGGUAGAGUCGGUUCCACAUCAGAAAAUAUUACCCAAAGAGUCCUCUAUGUCGAAGAUGAAGACAAGAAAUCCGCUUUAUUAGAUUUAUUAGCCGCUUCUGACGAAGGUUUAACUUUAAUAUUCGUCGAGACCAAGAGAUUAGCUGAUCAAUUGACUGAUUUCUUAAUCAUGCAAAAUUUUAGAGCUACCGCUAUUCACGGUGACCGUACACAAAGUGAACGUGAAAGAGCAUUAGCUGCUUUCAGAUCUGGUGCUGCCAACUUGUUGGUCGCCACCGCCGUCGCUGCUAGAGGUUUAGAUAUCCCUAACGUCACUCACGUCAUCAACUUCGACUUACCAAGUGAUAUCGAUGACUAUGUCCACAGAAUUGGUAGAACUGGUCGUGCUGGUAACACUGGUGUCGCUACUGCUUUCUUUAACGGAGAUAACUCUAACGUCGUCAGAGGUUUAGUCGAAAUUUUGGAAGAAGCUAACCAAGAGGUCCCACAAUUCUUACAUGACGCUGUAAGAGACAGUGGCAGAGGUAGAGGUGGUAGAAGCGGUUUUGGUAGCCGUAACAACAGUAACAGAGAUUACCGUAAGCAAGGUGGUGGUUUCUCAAGAAGUAGAGACAACUCCAGAGGUUUCUCAAGAUCUAACAGUGCCAAAUCAUCUUCUAACUGGGGUUCUUCCGCUUCCGCAGGAUCUAGUAGAUCAACAAACAACGGCUGGGGUAACAGUUCUUCUAGUUCAUGGUGGUAA